AAAUAAGUUAAGAGAAACGAACGUAACAAAAAGGAAAUUAGAAACCGGCUAAAUAGGAUAUAUUGUUUUCGUCUGUCUCCUUCUCUUGUGACAAACCAAAAUCAAAAUCUAAACGUGAAACGAAAUCUCGAAAAUAAAUCAAUAUCUCUCAAUGGAUAAGAAGAAGAAAGUAUGGUUUUGGGGAGAUAAAGACGGCCAAGUAGACGGAGGAGGAGGAGGAAGAGUCAAGGAGGCGGAGGAUGACGUGGCUGAACAUUUAUCUCGAGAUGGAACAAUGAGCCAAUACAGCCUUAGCAAAGGCCUUCUUCCUUCUCUCGGAGCCACCUCUCGUUCUUCCCGUGACGUCAAUCUCCGUCGCUUCAUCAUCUCUCCUUUUGAUCCUCGUUACAGAGCGUGGGAAACGUUUCUAGUGUUCUUGGUGCUCUACACAGCUUGGGCGUCGCCUUUCGAGUUCGGUUUUUUGCAAAAGCCACGAGCACCUCUCAGUAUUCUCGAUAAUGUCGUCAACGGGUUUUUCGCCGUCGAUAUAGUCCUCACAUUCUUCCUUGCCUUCCUCGAUAAGGCAACUUACCUCCUCGUCGACGACCCGAAGAGAAUCGCUUGGAGAUAUACGUCGACUUGGCUUGUUUUCGAUGUUGUAUCCACUUUUCCUUACGAAAGCUUUGGUAGCUUAUUACACGAGAGUAUUCAAGGAUAUGGGAUUUUCAGUAUGCUUCGUCUUUGGCGUCUUCGUAGGGUUAGUAAUUGUUUUGCCAGGUUAGAGAAAGAUAGGAGAUACAGCUACUUUUGGGUUCGAUGCACGAAGAUGCUUCUUGUUACGCUUUUUGUGAUUCACUGUGGUGCUUGCUUCCUAUAUUCGAUCGCUGCGCAUUAUCCAGACCCUUCAAAGACGUUCAUGGCAUUGACCGACGAGAACUGGAAACAGUCUCCUCUCGCUGUCCGGUACAACACGGCGAUGUAUUGGUCUAUCACUACUUUCUCCACAACCGGAUAUGGUGAUAUACAUGGUGUUAACUCAAGAGAGAUGACUUUCAUUCUUUUCUACAUGGUCUUUAAUCUUGGAUUGUCGGCUUAUAUAAUUGGUAAUAUGACCAACCUUGUGGUUCACGUCACCGGCCGCACCAGAAAAUUUAGAGAUACCAUUCAAGCUGCAUCAGGGUUUGGUCAGAGGAACAAUUUACCAGUGCGUUUGCAAGAUCAGAUGGUUGCUCAUUUGUGCUUGAGGUACAGAACCGAUUCGGAAGGUCUACAGCAGCAAGAAAUCAUCGAUUCGCUGCCCAAAGCAAUCCGGUCUAGUAUAUCGCAUUAUCUGUUCUAUGAAGUUGUUGACAAGAUUUACUUGUUCCAUGGAAUAUCAAACGAUCUUCUCUUCCAGUUGGUCACGGAAAUGAAAGCAGAGUAUUUUCCUCCAAAAGAAGAUGUGAUUUUGCAGAAUGAAGCACCUACAGACUUUUACAUAUUGGUGACAGGAGCUGUUGAAAUAAUCGCACGUGUAAACGGAGUGGAGCAGGCAAGUCGAUCUGUCGUUGUAGUUAAGGAAGCAAAGAGAGGAAAUGUCUUUGGGGAAGUUGGAGUGCUGUGUUACAGACCGCAGCUGUUUACUGUUCGUACCAAGCGAUUGAGUCAGUUGCUUCGUCUGAACCGUACCACACUCUUAAACCUUGUUCAAGCAAACGUAGGAGAUGGAGCAAUUAUCAUGAAUAAUCUUCUUCAGCAUUUAAAAGAGUCGGAAGAUCCAGUGAUGAAAGGCAUUUUGGCCGAUACAGAACACAUGUUGGCUCAAGGGAAAAUGGAUUUACCUCUCAGUUUAUGUUUUGCUGCAACGAGAGGAGACGAUUUGUUGCUUCACCAGCUACUAAGACGAGGCUCAAGCCCUGAUGAAAUGGAUAAAAAUGGUCGAACCGCUCUGCAUAUCGCAGCAUCAAGAGGAAGCCAUUAUUGUGUUGUUUUACUUCUCGAACACGGCGCAGAUCCUAACAUUAGAGAUUCAGAAGGUAAUGUGCCAUUGUGGGAAGCAAUCAUAGGGAGACAUGAAGGAAUUGCGAAACUCCUUGCAGAAAACGGAGCAAAAUUAAGCGUAGACUCAGUGAGCAAUUUCUCUUGCUUAGCCGUUGAGAAAAACAGCUUAGAAUCACUCAAAGACAUCAUCAAAUACGGCGGAGACGUCACACUCGCUGACGGAAACGGAACCACAGCUUUACACAGAGCAGUGUCAGAAGGACAUUUGGAGAUUGUGAAGUUCUUGUUAGACAAAGGAGCUGAUUUGGACAUGCCAGAUUCUUACGGUUGGACUCCUCGAGGUCUUGCAGAGCAUCAAGGUCAUGAAGACAUCAAAACCUUGUUCCAUGAUCACAGGCCUGUGGAGAAGAAACCUAAACGUGUGUCUGGAACACCUGAGUUUCCUGUUGCUGGAAAGCCAUUGAUGAGGUAUAGCAGUGAGCCUACAAUGCCACAUUCAGGAGAGCUUGUUCAAGAAGGAGGACAGCUUGUGGUUUCGCAGAGACGGAAACUCAGUAACUUCAGAAACUCGCUCUUCGGAUUCAUUUCAGCUGCUAAUACCGGUGAUGAUGGAGUAGAAACUACAAGAAGCCCAGCAGUUCCAGCAGGAGGAGGAGGUGCUUUUUAUCCGGCGAGAGUUACGAUUAGUUCACCGGAAAACGGUGAAAUCGGUGGAAAAGUGGUAUCGUUGCCGAAUUCUUUGGAAGAGCUAUUGGAAAUUGGUGAGAAAAAGAUGGGUUUUGUGCCAACUAAAGUACUUACAAGAGAAGGAGCCGAAAUUGACGACAUCACUCUUAUCAGAGAUGGUGAUUUUCUCCUUCUUGCAAGAGAUCCUUGAUUCACACGAAACUCUCAUUUCAUUAUUGUUUUAUUUAACCCAAAAGAUAAAUCAAAUUUUGUUUGACAACUCGCAAGCCACACUCAAGCAGGGAUUUAUAGUGAUGUGAAAAUUUUAGUGGACUCUCAUUUUUUAUAGGGAUUGACACUAUUUUUAGAUUUUUAAUUCGUCUAAAAAUUAAUAUGUUCACGGUUGAGUAAUUUUUGCAUGUACAUCUCACGACAUG